AUGAAAAUGGAAAAUUAUGAGGCAUUUGUAGGCUUUGAUCUCUGUGAGAUACCACUCUCCAGUGUUGCACAGAAGAUCAUGUCUGCUAUACAUUCAGGUGAUUUAGUGGAGUCUCAGAAUUGGAGAGAGAAUGAAAAGACUGCAGAAGUGGUAAACAGUUCCUGUAAUGAGUAUAGAGUACUUCUUGAAAAUGAGAAUCAAUCACUGGAAAAAAGGAAUCUGAAUUCCUCUACAAGCCAGGCGUCAGGCGUGUCCAUCAAGCUCUGUCUUCCCACCUCUAGUAUCAGAUUCACAGAUCAGCCAUCAGCUGACCGAAACCAGAACAUCAGCUCAUUGGCUCCUCCCAGUUGUUUCAUUCCACAGUGUAACCAAGAGGCUUCAGUCCUACAGAAAACAGAGUGUAAAAGAAAGCAUUUCCUAAAGGAAAAUAAAAAUAAUGAAGAGAAAGAAAUGCCCAUGAAUCUUAAAAGAAAAUGUAGUACAUGUCAUUUUUCAGGGAAAACAAGUAAACAUGUAGCAUUGGAAGAAGAUGCUGAUGAGGUUGAAGCCUACUUACACUGUGGGAAUGCAAGGGCAUGUGGAGACCAUUUUUGUGACAUUAGGUAUUUGGAUGAUUUGGAGAAAAGCCAGCUGGUUGAGAUGCUCAAACAGGCAGUGGCCAUGGUCAUAACGCUGAUAUAUGAGGACGGUUCAACCCAGCUAAGAGCUGAGCAGGCUCUGGCUCCCUCUGUUAAAGGAAUUGCAGUGUUACUACAGAGCCGUAUAAACGGCAGCGGUCUUCUGGAGGUCUCAGCCUCUAACAGUGUCCUGGGGGAAGGCCUCACACUCCAUGAGCAGUAUAUCUACCUUGAAACAGAGCAGUCCUCCACUGGGGGCCGAGAGCAAGAAGCAUAUAAUCAGUUUGCCAGGAAAGUUCUGUUUCAAAUGCUGAAAUGUAAAUGUCCUGUUAUUUGUUUUAAUGCCAAGGACUUUGUGCGAACAGUACUACAGUGUUUUGGUAAUGAUGGCAGCUGGAAGCAUGUUGUUCAUUUUGUAGGGCUUGAUCCCAGAAUUGCUGCCUGGCUUAUAGAUCCUGGGGAUGCUGCACCCUCUUUUGAAGAUUUAGUGGCAAAAUACCUUGAAGGCUCCAUCUCUGUUAACGUGAACAGCACAUAUGGGAAUUCCUCCAGAAAUGUUGUGAAUCAGAAUGUACGUGUGAACCUGAAGACACUCUACAGACUUACGAUGGGCCUUUGCUCCCAGCUGAAGGUUUAUGGUUUAUGGCAACUAUUUUGUACUUUGGAGCUUCCUCUGAUACCAAUUUUGGCAGUGAUGGAGAGCCACAGCAUUCGGGUGAACAGAGGAGAGAUGGAGAGGACUUCAGCCCUGCUGGGGUCUCGUCUCAAGGAACUGGAGCAAGAAGCCCAUUUUGUUGCAGGAGAGCGGUUUCUUAUAACAAGUAAUAAUCAGCUUCGAGAGAUCCUCUUCGGCAAGCUAAAACUGCACCUGCGGAGUCCCAGGGAGACUCUUCGUAGAACAGGGCUGCAGAAAUUCCCAUCCAUGUCAGAAGCCGUGUUAAGUGCUCUGCAGGACCUUCAUCCAUUACCCAAGAUAAUUUUGGAAUAUAGACGGGUUCACAAGACCAAGUCAGCCUUUGUGGAUGGAUUACUAGCUUGCAUGAGAAAGGGUUCCAUUUCCUCUACGUGGAAUCAGACGGGAACUGUGACUGGAAGACUUUCAACCCGGCACCCGAAUAUCCAAGGUAUCUCCAGGCACCCAAUUCAAAUUACUAAACCACAGGAUUUUAAAGGUCUGGAGGGCACGGUGCUCACCAUCUCCCCGAGAAGCAUGUUCAUUGCCCCCGAUGGCCACACCUUCCUGGCAGCAGACUUUUCACAGAUUGAAUUGCGCAUUCUUACACACUUAUCUGGGGAUCCGGAACUUUUGAAGUUAUUCCGGGAAUCUGAAAGAGAUGAUGUAUUUUCCACCCUGACUUCACAGUGGAAGGACAUUCCCCCAGAGCGAGUGACGCACGCAGACAGAGAGCAGACCAAGAAGGUGGUGUACUCAGCGGUCUAUGGAGCAGGGAAGGAGCGGCUUGCUGCUUGCCUUGGAGUUACUGUGCAAGAGGCUGCCCUGUUCUUGGAGACUUUUUUACAGAAGUACAAGAAAAUCAAGGACUUUGUCCAAACAACCAUUGCCCAGUGCCGCCAGACAGGCUACGUGGCAUCCAUCAUGGGCAGAAGGAGACUGCUGCCACGGGUCCACGCACACGACCAGCAGCUGCGGGCGCAAGCUGAGAGGCAGGCCGUGAACUUCGCGGUGCAAGGCUCAGCUGCAGACCUCUGUAAGAUGGCCAUGAUCCGUGUCUUCACCGCCGUGGCCGCUUCCCCUACCCUGACGGCCAGGCUGGUCGCCCAGCUUCACGACGAGCUGCUAUUUGAGGUUGAAGAGCCACAGGUUCCUGAGUUUGCAGCUCUAGUCAGGGGGACCAUGGAGGCCCUGCGGGAUGUGCCGGCCUUGCAGCUGCAGGUGCCCCUGAAGGUGAGCCUGAGUGCUGGCCAGUCAUGGGGCCACCUGGUGCCACUGCAGAGGGCCCCGGGCCCUUGGCCCAGCCCAUGUCCCACUGAGUCUCCAAGCAACCACCCUGCCACCGCCAGCCCCCUUGUCAGCACCUACCCGUGCGUGCAUUUUUCGCCUUCAUUUUGUCUGUAG